AUGUCGGACAAAAAAGAAGCAAUUGAGACAAACAACGAGACAUGGCCUAAAGAAAGAUUUAAAGAAACAGUCAAUAAUGUCCAGACAGACACAACGUCAGACAGAAAAGAAGCAACUGAGACAAACAACGAGACAUUGUCUGAAGAAGAAAUUAAAGAAACAAUCGAUAACAUGCAGAAUGACAUAACGUCACACAGAAAAGAAGCAACUGAGACAAACAACGAGACAUUGUCUGAAGAGGAAAUUAAAGAAACAUUAGGUCAAAUUAGGACAUCCCCUCUUCCUCAUUUUAGGGGGCAUUUUUAUGAAGUCAUAUUCUGA